AUGGACCAAGCCCCAAACAUUAGUUUGUCGCCGAAAAGCGCCCAACAAGUUCUAAGGGAAAGUAAAACAACGGAAUGUGCGAAUCCAGGAAACCCGUUGUUUUCGUGCAUGGCAAAAGUUGAAGUCGUAAAAGACGAAAUGAAACGAAACCAAUGUUUUCAAACCCACCACCCACUUUAUCAAACUUCGGCAGGAACAUAUGGGGAACUACCACCGUCUGCCCAAACUGCCCCAUCGACAUUUCACGGCAAAUCUCAAAGGUUUUCUCAACACCUUGGUAAAUGCGGGAUGUACAGAAAUCAUUCGCUCAACACCGCUCUUGAUAAAAGCAAAGUUUACGAUUUUCCACAAAUGUGA